CUUCGGUUCUGAGGCAACAUUCUAGACAAUCAGACAACACAAGACAUUGAAUGAGACGGCGGAUCGAAACUUUAUCCUCUUUGGUCCCUGCGCUAGCACCACAUGGCAGGGCGUUGAAUUGUCUCUCAUUACCCCACAUGCAGCACGAUGAUCACCAACGGCGUCUAGAUGGUUACAAUACAUACCGACCGUUACCAAGCCCCCCAAGGCUCCCAGGCAUCAAUAUUCGAUUCGUGGGGUUGCGGUGAGCCUCUUAGAGCCAGCCAAGUGGAUGGUGGCGCGGCGGCACAUGCAACGCCACAGCCAAAUCGUCAGUCGUCACCGGCCCUCCUGUUUCCUGCUUCUCCCACUUCUGAACUCAAAACUGGUACUGGCGCCGCUUGCAUUGAAUGUGCUCAAGGUCCUGUGAUACUUUGCUGCCUGUUGACUACAGUACGCUCAAGGGGUCUAUUGAUGUUCGGUCGUCGGAGAAAUGCCGCAUUGAAAGGCUCCAAGGGAACGGAAUGCACGGGCGAGACGGGAUUUCCGGCCGCGAGCCGACGGUUCCGGCAGGGGCCGAGUUUGCCGCCGUCAGGGGAAGUUGGGAACAGCCGUCCGCCAAGAUUGCUAGUGCUCUGUCAGCAUCUCAGGAACAGACUUGCGGCUUUUCCUCUUCUUUUCAAUCUGUCAAUUUAUACGGAGGUACUUUUCAUAGAAUUUCAUUUCUUGUCAUUUUUAUCCUCUCUAUUCAUUCUUUAACCUCAAGUGAUGGCGGUGUCAUGGCAACAACGGCGCGAGACCCCUACUCUAACCCUAUGUGGCUUAGGCGGGAGGGUUGUGCAAUGGCAGAGACAAAUCUGGA